AUGGUAAAAUAUAAAUUGCAGGUGGACUGUUGGAGUUUAGGAAUUCUUCUCUACACACUUGUUUACGGGUCAAUGCCAUUUGAUGGUCGUGAUUUCAAUCGAAUGGUUAGACAAAUUAAGCGUGGCGCAUAUUUCGAGCCUGAUACUCCAUCAACCGCUUCAAUGUUGAUUAGAAAUAUGUUACGAGUUAAUCCAGAGAGACGAGCAGAUAUUGAUGAAAUUGCCAGUCAUUGGUGGCUAAAUCUAGAUGAAAAUAUGCCUGUCAUUCAAGAACUUCCGGAAAAUCAGAUCAUCGAUCAUACACCAUUAACUGAUCGAGCAGAAACAAUGAUAGUACAGGAUUUAGCUGAUGAAGCUGAUGUAUUCAUGGAUUUCGGCCAUUUAAGUCCUUCGACUAGACUUAAAAUUGAGGAAUUUCGUAGACGACGUAAAGAAGCUGAAGAAUACAUCGAGAAUUCACCAAUAAAACCACCAAAAGCACGGAGAACAGAUGGCACCAAAUUGCCAUCAUUUACAGCAGCAGAAAAAAGCUUACGUUAUGAUCCUCGAUUAAGUAAGGAAAAGGAGCGUGAGCAAGUAUCGGUGGUGGAAGAACCGGAUGCAUAUUAUGAACCAUUGGAAAGACUGAAACGAUUGGAAUCACGAUUGCAGGGCAGAGAUAAUCAGGCAGUUAUUACAGAUAACAAAUUGUCAAAUAUAUCUAAUUCGACUCCAGCAAACAAAGAAGUUCGUCGUUUUAAGCAAACAGCAUUGGGAACCGUUAGCGAAUGUAAUAAUAGCACUAGCAGAAUGAAGAUCAAAUGUGAAAGAUUGAGUCCAGAACAGCCUGAUGAUCCGGUCACUUCGAAUUCCAAGAUCAG